CGUAACUAAAGUCGGCGUGCUUUGCUGCAGGUGGAGUUGGUCUACUACGUUUUCGGACGGGAAAAAUUCCCUGGAGCCACGACGGCUAACCUCGAGCGGUUCGUGCGUCGCUUCAAUGAGGUUCAGUACUGGGUGGUGACGGAGCUGUGUCUCUGCGAGGAUCUGGCCAAGAGAGCCAUACUACUCAAGAAGUUCAUCAAGAUGGCUGUUGUUUUUAAAGAUCAGAAGAACCUGAACUCGUUUUUCGCAGUGAUGUUCGGGCUCAGUAACAGCGCUGUACAGAGACUCAAUAAAACAUGGGAGAGACUUCCAAACAAAACCAAGAGGAUCUACUGUGCCUAUGAACGACUGAUGGAUCCAUCCCGUAACCACAGGGCUUACAGACUGACUGUAGCCAAACUCAGCCCUCCAUACAUCCCCUUCAUGCCCCUACUGCUUAAAGAUAUGACAUUCAUCCACGAGGGAAACAAGAACUACACGGAUAAACUGGUCAACUUUGAGAAAAUGCGCAUGAUUGCCAGAACAGUGAAGACAGUUCGAGAGUGUCGAAGUCAGCCUUACGUGCCUUCGUCUCCACAGAAAGGCUUGACGGAGAGAAUGUUCUUGGAUGCCCAAGCUAUCCGACUAUCAACGUACUCAGACCAGUCCCUGACCCUGCGCAAUGCAGCCAACGUGAGACAGUACAUCCAGAACCUCAAAGUGAUCGACAACCAGAAGAAACUAACUCAGCUCUCCAGAGCCAUAGAGCACUGAGACGCUGCAAGACUGCCUUCCUUUAGCCCGUCCUGCUCCAUAUUGGAGAAAAAAAAGGGAUUGAUGGAAUCCAUGAUUGCCCUACGUGUGGUUAAUUGGUGUAAAUUCUCACAAACGUCGUCAGCCGGUGCUACGUGGACUGCGCAAAGCCGAGCAUUGGCUGGGAAAACGCUGACAAUUUCCUUUUGAUGCCUUAUCAGAAGUGUUCUGAUCUGACUGCUGUGACUAAUAUGUGCCGUGUCCGACACAAUACUACACCAUGAGCUAAAGAUUUUCACUUUAGUGCUGCUGGCAUUAACUGUUAUUUCUAAAAACUGUGUACCAUGGCAUUGUUGAUUCAGAUUAGAGUUCCUCUAUCUCUUCGCCACAUUGUUCCUAAACUAGCGACGCUCGCUUGGGCUGCUUUUAGAAGCAUGUUGUUGUGUGAAGAGAAAAAAAAAACUGAAUAAUGUCUCCGUGAGUGAACAUUAUAUAGACAUUUUGACUGACACUUGAGUCUGGAUCAAUGAAUUAUUGAAAAUGAAAGCACACAGAUGCGGUGAUUUUCAGUAAAUCUAUGGUCUGACAGCACUUAUUCCUUAUUUAACAGUAUUGUGGCCUGUUUUGAAUAUUAAGCUUUAAAUUUCAUUGUGAGCAAGCACUGGAGAACAACAGAUUGUACAGAUCUAGUACUAGCUGCUGUAUAUAAAAGCUGAAAACCACUAAGCUAAAGCAGUACUAUGAAGAGAGCACAGUUUUGUAGAAAUUAUAUAUAAAAGUAUAUAUCUUAUGCUUUUUUUUUUUUAAUGAAGUGUUUAUUUUUAUAUAAAUAAUUUAUUGAACAUUUGUGGUGCUUGUUUAUUAUUGUAUAUCGUUUAUCCACUUUCAGUUUCCAAUUUCAUUUUCAAAAUUAUUUUCACAAGUCGGCAAAGAAAAGUUUAAAAAAAGUUGUAAAAAAAACUGAAAGAUUUAUUUUAAAAUGCAAACUAAAUACAAAUAAUUACUUGAACAUCCCUCUGAUUCUCCCCAAUAUGGGGCGAUGAAAUCAGUAUCAGCUGAAAAUUAAAAUAAUCUCCUCACCAAACAUAUUUACAACUUAAAACAAAAAAAACACAAACGGGGAUUCGGGGCAGUUAAAAAAUAAAAUAAAAUAAAUGAAGACAUACCCAGUGUUUCCUCCCGCUCAAAAUACAAAAAUCUCGAAACUAAAAUCUAAAUUUUGGAGGAAUAAAUAAUUUUUGAUAAUGUACAAAAGAGAUUCAAAACAUUACAAAGGAUUCAAGUGGAGUCUGUCAUUAAAAAUCUGGUCCUUUUUGUCAGUUUCUGUAUUUUUUAGACUACAGCAUUACGCUGUCUUUUAAAUUAUCUGAACAUCUGGGCUAAUUUCAACCCUCAAACUGGGUGUUGUCUUCAAAUACUCCUUAUUUCUGAGAACUUCACUAAAAUAAAAUGCACAUGACAAAACAACUUGAAAAAAAAAAAUACAAUAAUAUUGCACUUCCAUACAGAUUUCCUACAAAUCCCACAGUUCCAGCUG